CUCACACAGAAAUUCCUUUCUUGGUAUUUCAAAGGCUCUUACUUUUGGACAACUGCGACAAAGCACCAUGAGCGGUUAUACCUUUGAUGAGGACGAGCCUGACGUUGUUCCGUAUAAACGAGCGCGAGUCACUCGUGAUGUAUUACGACGAUAUCCAGCCGUCGAUACCGCAUCCGCCCAUGCAUCAUCCGUCGAAAAAGCGUAUCAACAGAAACUGAGCGAAAUGGAGACGUUAAUGAAAGCUGCUCAGGAAUCACUGCGGGUCAAGGAAGUGGAAUGUGAGACCAUUCGGUCCACAUGCAAGAUUGAACGACAAGAAAUGCAGCUAAUGCUCGAAGAAGUCAGAGCUCAGAAACAGGAAGCCGAGAAACGAGCGGUAUACCAUAUGAAAAAAUCAGAAGAAGCCUCCUCGACCCUCAAUGUUAUCAAAACAGAACAUGCAUCGAUUGCUAAUUCGUUGCGUGAUACAGUGGAAACGUUGAGAAAUGAGAAUCAUCAGCUAUCCACCGAAUUGACCACGGUCCGACAUGAAAAAAGCGUUCUUGAAACACGAUAUCACAGCCUCGAAGCGGAAAUGGCCGACACCGUCAAAGGAUUACAGGCCAAUAUUGAUCUUCUAAAAGAACAGAUGCAACGACAAGAAGAGACAGUAGCGCAACGUUGUCAGCGAGAAAAAGAUCUGGUAUCAAAGCUGACGGAAGCAGAAGACAAGUUACGCAUGGUGGAUACAGCUAAAUACAACAUGGACAUUGUGCCAACCUUGAAUGAGAACUUUGAGCGACAAGCAUUAAGGGCUCAUGAAUUGGAAAUGGAAAACGUCAACUUGAAACAAUCGCUGGACGGGUAUAAAUCGAUUUAUGAAAAUGUACAACAGCUUCGAGCCGAGAAAUCCAUACUGGAAGCCGAUGCACGCGAUGCACAGCAGCUUCGCAAAGCGAACAAACUGUUGGAAGUGGAAAAUGCUCAGUUAAAGAUGGAUCAGCAGGAAUGGGCUGCGUAUUUGGAAACAGCCGAAGCCGCCGAGUUCGUGUCACCCCAGGAUUUGGUGUACAAAUUAACGCGCGAAAGAAAUCAAGCCAAAGCCGCCGCGGCUCACGCUGAUAUUUUGCAGCACGAAUUACGCAAGAAGGACGAGUUUAUGAUGAAACUCGAGGAACAUAUUGAUGAACUGAAAGCGACGAUCCGUGAAAAGGAAAAGGUGCAUCAAAUGGAUCAAGUCGAUAAAAAGUCGCUGCAGAAUGACAAGGAAUUCGCGUUACGGCGGGUCAAGGCCGUGGAAGAUCAAUUGAAAUUGUACGAUCUGGCAGAAAAGAAAUUCGCUGACGGUAGUUAUGAUGGUCAAAAAGCGGAGCGCAUUUCACAGUUAGAAGCUGCAUUGCAAGCAUGUCAGCAGGAGUUGCAGACCAAGACCGAACAGUGGUUACGACAGGAAGCAGCCUUGCAAGCGCAUACAACAGACACCCAACCCGACCCAUCCUCCACCACUGAACCAUGGUCUUCUUCUUUGCAAGCAUUUGUCACUGAACUGUCUGAGGAAAAACUGAAUGCUUUACAAGAAAAAGAAACAUUACAAGCAGACAAUGCGACACUCACGGCUGAACUUGCUCUUUGGAAAGAGAAAGCCGCCCUUCGUGCGCGUAUCGUCGAACAUCAAGAGACGGAACCCUCUAGUGUUUCCAUCGACCGACAGGAAGAAACGGAAGAACGUCUCUUGGUGCCCAAAACCAGUCCCGCGUUUUUGGAACAGACGAUUCGCCAAUCCCAGCUGGACGGAUUGCGAGCUGAGAAUGCUACUCUUUUGAAACAGUUGCAAGUGCUGCAAGACCAGUUGCAGAGCGGCAUUGAGCAAACCAUGGAUGAAGAACUCACCAUUACAAUACCCCGAGCCACCUUGAAAAAUAUGCAAGACCACGAUGCCCAACUCGAGAAAACGGUCGCCUCACGAGAAAAACGAAUCAUGCGCUUACAUCAGGUAUGGGAAGCGAAAGUGAAAGAAUUCGUGGGUGCGGUUCGAAGUUUGCUUGGUUACAAUAUGGAGAUCCGUGCCGAUGGAGCGGUGAGACUGGAAUCGAUCUACGUUGAAGGAUCACAGUUUGCGUUUCUUUUCAAAUCGGGCGAUAACGAUCUCGGUACAUUACAAGUCAUUGGCACUGAUAAAGAGGAGUGCAUGCAGACGUUGCAGUCCAGCUACGAAUUCUUUGUCCUGGAACAAGGCAACAUUCCCGCCUUUCUCAGUUCCGCCACCCUUGAACUCAUGGAUAUGGUAACGCAGCGUCCAUUAUCCAAUGAUGAGGAAGAGAUGGAAGAAGCAGAAGAAGCAAUAGAAGAAGAUGAAGCACACGAUUAUGAUGAAGAGCAAGACCAAGAUGAAGACGAACUUGAAGAGUAUCCAUCGAUGGAAGAAGAAGAAGAAGACGAAGGCGAAGACGACGACGACGAUGAAAUAUCAAACGAAGGAGGUGAUUCCCCCAUCAUGCUGGAUUAGUUUGACUAGUGUUUGUUUUCAUUGAAAGAGGGAAUUCAGAAAAUGAGUCAAAACAAAAAGAAGAUCUAUGAAUCGGGUAGAGAGAAAAAAAGACAUGCUAAAAAGAUAAAAAUAAAAAAAGGAACAAGAAACAGUAAGAACUAUUGGGAAGACAUGUGGACGAAGAUAAAAAAAAAUGAUACACAGCUAAUAAGGAUGAUAUGGUCAAGACAGUUUUCUUUUGUUUGUUUGCUUAGAAGCGUUCCUUCAUUCUUGCAGAGAUGGUACGCAGAGUAGCAUACACCUUGCCGGGAGGGCUACCGAGAAUCAAGCUUACGACGGCAUCUCGUGCGAUCUUGAUAUUUUGGAAAGAACCGAGAAUGUGGAUUUUACUAUAUAAAAAAAUUAUACUCACAUUAGUUCAUUUGAUACGACUGUGGCAAAAUAAAUUCAGCGAAUUGCUUACGUAUCGGCCAACACAAUUCUUGU